AUGAUCGGCAGAAAUCUGCUCCAAAGUACCAAAAACAAUGCCUUACCCCCGCUGUUGCAGCUCCUUGCAUGCCUAAGAUUUUUUGCCACUGGGGCAUACCACAAGCUUAUAGGCGACAGUAUGCAUGUAUCUGAGUCCACUGUUGGGAGAUGCUGUCGUUCUGUGACAGAUGCAAUCCUUGGUAUUCGAUGGCACUUUAUCAGCUUCCCCAGAGAUGACAAGGCAAGGCAAACAAAACAAGAAUUCAUCAAAAUAGCUGGUUUCCCAAAUGCCCUUGGGUGUGUAGAUGGCACUUUCGUUAGAAUUAUGACUCCCUCUAAUAAUGAACAGGAUUUCGUUAACAGAAAAGGCUAUCACUCGCUGAAUGUACAGAUGGUUUGUGAUGCCAAGUUCCGCUUUACAAGCAUUUGUGCCAACUGGCCUGGCAGCGUACACGACAGUCGGAUCUGGCGGGAAUCUGCACUUUGCCAACAAUUUGAGAGAGGUGAACAUAAUGGAUUUUUACUGGGUGAUUCUGGAUACCCCUGCAGGCGGUUUUUGAUGACACCAUACCUUAACCCCCAAACCGAUGCACAACAAAGAUUCAACGCCUCCUUAUGCCGAACGAGAGUGCUCAUCGAACAGAGUUUUGGUAUUCUUAAACGACGGUUUUCGUGUCUGCAAGGAACUCUGAGCACCACACUACCCCCUAGACCUAGGGGCUGCAGUUCUGGACUGGUACUGGGGAUCAGUGCCACCAAUAACAACGAUUCCAGCUACUUCGUAGGCAUCAUCGACGUCAUUAUUAUCGACAUCGUCUACAUAAACAUCAUUAUUAUCAUUGACAUCAUCGAAUUCACCAUCAACCAUAGCAUUCAAAACGAUGUACACCUCAGCAUGGUGCACGAUCUGUUUUCAGUGAAGAAAAGCGCAAAAAUGUCACCGUAA